UUGAUUAAAAUCACUAAAGCGACAACUUAUUGGCGUAAAGAGGAAUUGAUCACUUUAGAAAUUGCGGCUAAACAGAACAUCUUUAGAAAUGAUGACUUUGAUGAUAUCAGCUCAAAUUCUAUGUACCCUCAUAAUAAGUUGCAGUGGAAUGAACACAGAAAUGACCGGUCUAUUAAGCCGUCUUUACAAAAGUGCCGCUCAGAAUAACAGACCACUAGUCCUUGUCAUUGAUAGAAGUAGCCAGAACCAAAAGUAUCCUCUAAAAGCCAACGAUUUGUUACAAUCGAGUGAUGAAAAAGAUGGUGGCAUACCAGCUAUAUUCUUAAUCAAGAAUUUUCGUACCCAGCCCCAAAAACCAAGGGCACCCGGUCAAGAAUACAAAAAUAAGUUGAUUAAAGGACAAUACAAAAGCAAAAGCAACUUGCAAAAGUACAAAGGCAACAGGGGCAAGUUAAGAGUGUACGGUUCAACUCCAUCACCGGUACUAAAAUCACUACUCCGAUUUAAAAACGAAGUUAAUUGCGAAGCUAAUAACGAAUGUCAACAAGAAUGUGAAGAGAAUUAUUCUGGUACACAACUCGAUAAUUGUGAGACUAAUUGUGAUGAAGAUUUUGAAUGUGAACCCGAAGAUGAACCUGAUGAUUGUGAUCCAGAGAGUAACGAUUGUGGUGAAGACCAGAAUCCAAGUACGAGAGGUGAAAUUCUAGUUACCUCAAGACCUUCAUGUACUAGAUGUUGAACUGCAAGUUAUUGCCUUUAAAACUCAAUAGUCGCUUUGAAUAAAUGAAAU